UUAAUUAACACUGGGUUCGUUAUCCCCACUCUGGCAGCCGGAAAUAGAUAGAUGAAUAAGAUAAUCAAAAUUCUAUACACGCACGAUGCUCAGAUAAGAUUAAGACACAGUUUCCAGCAUCCAUGACCAACAGUCGACACACUUCGAUAUAUCCAACGAAUUAGUCAAAUUUUUCAGUCGUUUACCAUUCGUGUAAUUUUGUAAAAUUUCGUGUGUUUCGUGAGCGUACUAUUGCGCGAUUCUGCAAUCAAUAUGGAUCCUAAGAGCUUGGAAUCGAUCGAGAACAUACUAACUACGUUCGAAGCAACUUCAUUCGAAAUGAGGAAAACACUACGCCUUCUCGCAAAAGUUGACCAAAAAAAAGAGAAAAAUGUCGCAAUAACUUCGAAUAUGGAAUCAUACUCGUCCAAAAUGAUAAAACCAUUACGUCUUCGCCUUCUCGCAUCGUCCAAACAUAAUAAUUCGAAAAUUGACCAGAAAAAGGAACAAAAUAUCGAUUCGAAUACGAAAGAAAGCUCGUCCAAGAUGAGAAAAAAAUCACGCAUUCUCCGAUCGUCGAAACAUAAAAAACCAAAAUCCCACCGUAAAAAGGAAAAAAAUAUCGUUUCGAGUGAGGAAGCAAGCUCGUCCAAAAUGAGAAAAAAACUCAAACAAAAUAAACCCAGAGUUUACCAGAGAAAGAGACCCAUAGGCGCUCCGGAUACUGAAAGGAUUGCUAGUCUCAGAAAACGACCCGACUUGACCACACAAAGAAAAAAAGACCAGAUUUAUACCGAAUCUGAAGAAGAAACAGAAUCUGAAUCUGAAACUGAAACCGAAUCCGAGGAAGGAAUUCGUUAUUUAGGUAGUAGACGUGUGAAAUAUUUGCACAUUGGCCAGAAAAAGAGACGAAAUUCUGAUCAGAAUACGAAAAAGGUAACCAGUCCUAGAAAUGAACCAAGCUCGACCACAUCGACAGAAGACCUUCAGCCUACUACCGGAUCUGAGAAAGAAAUUACUCAAAGACUUUUCAAAGAUUUAAGAAGCAAGAGUUCGUACACCGCCGUGUUCUAUUCACCAGAUCCCGAAGAACAGAAACGAAUAUUUUCUCAGAAUAUGGAAAGGAUUUCUAAUCUGAGUGAUCACGAAGGCUUGACCUCGCUAAGGAAAAAACUCCAGCUUCCUAUAAAAUCUGUAAUGGAAAUGCACGCUUUUGGCAAAUAUUUGAAAAAUGCGGAUUUUAAAAAGAAUUAUCAUAAAUUAAUGCUUCAUUGCUGGCGAAAUUAUGCUGACAUAGUAUUCACAGUGAGGGAAAUUAUUACUGUUACAUGUUCUGGCGAAUUGUGGAUGUAUUACACGUUGCAUGGCCGAAAUCCAAAAUUUCCAUUCGUAAAAACACCGGUGUAUCAAGUUAUUACAGAUUUCAUUAAAAGCAAAUUCAAAAUAAAAACAUCGAAAAUUACCAAAGGAGUCGACGACGGAGUUAGAAAAUGGAUGUUGAAACAGACUGAAAUAUUCGCACAGUUUGAGAAAAAUAAAAUCGCCGAGUCUUUAAUGUUAGAAUCGAAAAAACAAGAGGCAGCCCAACAAUCAAACGAUGUCUGUACCUCCAACCAGACGCCCGAAGAUGAUACUUCGAAUCUCCCUUCAGAAAAAUCGACUCAUCGUACUUCGGAUUCAGAGAAUGUUGCUUAUUUGAUUACUACAGAUCAUCUCACUUCGGAAACUUCAGAUCCUCUCGCUUCAGACAUUACUUUAGAUUUAGGCAAUUCGAAUUCUGAGAACGUUGCUUAUUUGAUCACUUCAGAUAAUUCAGAUACGAGUACUUUGCAUUCGGAAAAUGUUGCUUAUUUGAUUAACGCAAAUCAUCUCGCUUCUUCGGAAACUUCCAACCAGCUUGCUUCAGAUACGAGUAUUUCAAAUUAUCCCGAUUCGAAAUCUGAAAAUGUUGCUUUUUUGAUCGCCUCGGAUAAUUCGGAGAAUUGUACUUCGAAUUCUGAGAAUGUUGCUUAUUUGAUUACUACCACUACUGAUGGUCUCACUUCGCGUGAUUUCGCUUCAGAUACUUCCAAUCAUCUCGCUUCGGAUCUUCUCACUAUAGAUACUGCGGAUCUACUCGGUUUAGAUAGUUCGGAUCAUUCUACGAGUAUUUCAAAUUCUCAGAAUGCAGCUUCGCCGCCUCAACAAAGUGUGUUAAAUUUCACACAGUAUUAACUCCAAAAUCAUACAAGGUUAAUUUCCAAAAAUUCAAGACGUUGUUGAAAUUUGUCUAUGGGUAUAUUGAGCACAAAAGGGUGUACAAUAUUGAGGAGGGACAGUUUAAGGAACAUUCGUAUUUUUUCAAUUAAUAAAAUAAGGAAGCUAAAAUUUCAAAAAAUGUUCAUCGUAUUUUCCAAUACAUAUAAAAGCGAGAUGAAGAUAUUAUUUUGUAAUAUAUUGUAAAUUUUUGUGAAAUUUUACCAAUUUUAAGUUGAAUUUUUUGUCUGGUUUGUUGAACAUAUUUUAAAAUCAAAUCACUGGAGAUUCUCAAGUCAAAAAAUAACCAUUUAAUGGGAUCAAAUUGAAAUCAUAUCUUUAUACUUCUGUCUGUAAUGUUUAAGCUGAACUAUGUAGUUCAAUAUUCUUAAAAUGUGUUUCAUUUUUAUAAGCCUACAAUUAAGUAUGUUGAUGUAAUGUUUAAGCUAAACCAGUUCAAUUAUCAUAAACGUGUUAAUUUUACAUACA